AGGCCGCAGCGGCGCCUGAGGGGGCUCGGCCGCCAUUUUGUGCCUCUCGCUCGGUCCGGGGCGGCCGCGCGGGCGCUGCGGCUCUGAGGGAGCGCUCGGCUCUCCUGCUUUGCAGGUCGGGGUGACGCCACCAUGGGCCGUAAGAAGAAGAAGCAGCUGAAGCCUUGGUGCUGGUACUGUAAUAGGGAUUUUGAUGAUGAGAAAAUCCUUAUACAGCAUCAAAAAGCUAAGCACUUUAAAUGCCAUAUAUGUCAUAAGAAACUCUAUACAGGACCUGGUUUAGCUAUACAUUGCAUGCAGGUACAUAAAGAAACAAUAGAUGCUGUUCCAAAUGCUAUUCCUGGAAGAACAGACAUUGAACUGGAAAUCUAUGGAAUGGAAGGCAUUCCAGAAAAAGACAUGGAGGAACGGAGGAGGCUACUUGAACAAAAAACUCAGGAGAGCCAGAAAAAGAAACAGCAAGAUGAUUCUGAUGAGUAUGAAGAUGAUGAAUCUGCAGCUUCAACUUCAUUUCAACCCCAGCAAGUUCAGCCACAGCAGGGGUACAUUCCCCCAAUGGCACAGCCAGGUUUGCCUCCUGUGCCAGGUGCACCAGGGAUGCCUCCAGGUAUACCCCCAUUAAUGGCAGGUGUUCCACCUAUGAUGCCUGGCAUGCCUCCAGUUAUGCCUGGAAUGCCACCUGGAUUACAUCAACAGAGAAAAUACAUGCAGUCAUUUUGUGGUGGAAACAUGAUGAUGCCAAUGGGUGGAAUGAUGCCUCCUGGGCCAGGAAUCCCACCUCUUAUGCCUGGUAUGCCACCAGGUAGGUCAGGGUUGUCGAACUCAUACUAUGGGAUGCCCCCUCCUGUUGGGCCUCGGCCUGGCAUGCCUCCAAUGACACAAGCACAGCCUGUUACAGCGCCGGGCAUUCUGAACCGGCCUCCAGCUCCUGCUGCAACAGCACCGACCCCACAACCUCCAGUUACUAAACCACUCUUCCCAAGUGCGGGGCAGAUGGGGACACCUGUCACAAGCUCAAGUGCAGCUUCCUCCAAUUCAGAAAGUCUCUCAGCAUCUUCUAACGCUCUGUUUCCUAGCACAGCACAAGCUGCAGCAGCUGUGCCAGGGCCAGUUGGUACUGAUUUCAAACCUUUGAAUUCUACACCCGCGACAACAACGGAACCCCCCAAACCAACAUUCCCGGCUUACACACAGUCUACAGCCUCAACCACUAGCACGACAAACAGCACUGCAGCUAAACCAGCUACAUCUAUCACAAGUAAGCCUGCUACCCUCACAACAACCAGUGCAACCAGUAAGUUGAUCCAUCCAGAUGAGGAUAUAUCACUGGAAGAGAGAAGGGCACAGUUGCCUAAAUACCAGCGCAAUCUUCCUCGACCAGGCCAGGCUGCCCUGGGUAAUCCACCAGUUGGACCAAUUGGAGGUAUGAUGCCACCACAGCCAGGAAUUCCUCCGCAACAACAAGGAAUGAGACCUCCCAUGCCACCUCAUGGUCAGUAUGGUGCUCAUCACCAGGGCAUGCCAGGAUAUCUUCCUGGAGCAAUGCCUCCAUAUGGUCAGGGACCUCCGAUGGUGCCCCCGUACCAGAGUGGACCUCCUCGCCCUCCGAUGGGAAUGAGACCGCCCGUAAUGUCGCAAGGUGGCCGCUACUGAUGCUCCUACUCACGCUCUAAUAGGUUUGGAGAUUAAACCUUUUCUCAUCUUGUGCUGUUAAUAUAGCCGAGCUUCCGUCAAUUAAGGCUUCAUUGUGACUUUAAAAAAAAUAAGUAUCUUCCCACAUGCAAGGAGCUAUUGGACAUUCUUAUUUUACAUGGGAAAAAUUAUUUGGAAUAAUAACAGGAACUUUUCCUGAUGUUGCAAUUUAUACUGUAUGGCUUCUUUUUCAUGUUUCAUCUAGGUUUUUAGAAGUGAAGUAUAGUAAAUAUGGUUCGUUAAAUUGUGAAGGCGCUGGAAUUACAUGAACAUACCACCUUAAAGGCAAGUUCUGUAAUGUUACGUUGCUAUUUGUGAAAUGAUGCCUUCACAGCACUUCAAGUGCUGUUGGACUUCCUGUCCCCAACAUAGUUUGGUGAGGGCUGUAACUGUUCCCAACCACUUGUACAUUAAAGUCUGAACUUGUAACAAUAUUUAAUGUAUUUAGAGUUCCUCCUGUUCCAGGGUUUAAGAAAACUGACCCACUAAGGUCAUGUGACUUUUCUGUACUGUUAUAAACUUCAUUGUAAUAAAAGAGGAGAAAAAUUUAUAUGCCUUUUUAUUCACGACCAGCUGUGGACAACUGCCUGAAAGGUUUGUACAGAUGCAUGCCGUGGUAGCCAUUGGUGUAAUGAACACAGUUAUUGGUGCUGUUUUGAUAAAGUCUGGAUUCCUUGUUCUAAAAAGUCACUCCUUAGCUGUAUGCCUGAGUAGACAAAGACCUGUACACUUAUUAACUGACUCCUCAAAACUGAGGCUGCAGGAGGCACAUCCUAACUCUUGGUUGUAACUUCUCUUCUUAAUGCAUAUGUUUCUUUAUUUGUGCUUUCUUGUCCUCAAUAAAUUUUAAAUGAUUUCUA